AAAUGUGUGCAUUGACCUUCAGUUGUGAUGUGAAGUCCUUUCCACCCCUGACAAUCUAAUUACAGGAUAAUAGAGUUUAAAACAAGAUAAUAUAGUUUUUGUUGAUUUUUCACUUCACUUCACUGCAGGUUAAGUCUCUGAUAAUGGACAGAAACAUUAUCCAAACCCUGUUCCUGAACAGUCUCUGUGUAGCUCUUAUGGCCGGCUCUCGUCAGUACCACUACGUUGCUAACCAAAAGACAUGGUACGAAGCCCAGGCCUACUGCAGAGAGAGGUACACUGACCUGGCCACUAUCAGUGAUAGUGAAGAGCUGAACAGCUUCAAACGAUUUUGCUUAACCCAAAACAUAAGCGGCAGCGUCUGGAUAGGACUGUACAACGACCGCCAUGACUGGAAGUGGUCAGCAGGGAGCAGCGACUACAGGAACUGGCAAUCAACUACUUCUGAAACUGAUCCCUCCAACAUGGCUGCUGAGGAGUAUGCGGUGACGUACACCGGCCAUUGGGGAAAUCACUGGUCAUGCUUAGCUCACAACUUCAUAUGCUAUGAUGAGAGGCAAAUCACAUCCCAUGGUUUCGUUCUGAUUUCACAAGACAAAUCUUGGCGAGAUGCCCAGAGCUACUGCAGAGAGCAUCACACCGAUCUGGCCACUGUGAAGAACGCUGCAGAGAAUGAGCAGAUCCGUGAGAUGGUUGCUUCAGGAGGUGUAAUUGUAUGGAUAGGUCUGCACAGGCUAGGUUGGCAGUGGUCUGAUGGCAGCAACUUCUCUCAGAUCUUUACCCUCAGGAGCAUUUCCUCUGGUUCAAGGAGACUGUGUGUUGUGUUGGUUCGGCAAUCUCCUGAUGAGAACCAGUGGGAAGCUCAGGACUGCUCUAGGAGAAUACCUUUUGUCUGCUACAGUGCGCACAAGAGGCAGAUUGUCCGAGUCCAGUUUCAGUCUGCAAACAUGGACUUGAAUGCUACUGCAGCCCAAUCAGACAUCUUGGACCAGAUCAGAAGGAAACUGCAAGAGCAGGGGCUGCCGGCGGACGCCAAACUGAGCUGGAGAAAGCAGCCCGAUGGACAGAUUUUCCACAAGAAGAAUGAGAAGAAGGAGAAAAAAGGGAGGAAGAAGAAGAGCAAAGAUGAGUUUUGAAGCUCAAUAAAUCUCAGAGAGCAAGAUAGUGAGAGAGAGGAGAAAUUGGUGUGUAUGUAGCCAGCCUCCAUCUUUAAACUGUCUAUAUUGAAACAUUCUUUCUUUAAUGGCCUUAGAUCGGAUUAAUUUUGCUUUUUAUGGAUCAGCACACGUCAUACGUCUUAAGUUUUGUGUGACGAUAAGGAUGGUUAGGUGUAAAUGAUUCUACACUUCUACACCAAAAAACAUGAUUUUAAGACAGAAGUGUAUCUCAAUAUUUUUCUUCAUUUGAUAUGAUGUAUUGUUUCCGCUUGAGCUUUUUUUUAUUUUUUUAUUGUAUUUGUCUCUAAACCUGAAAUGUAACUAAACUGAAUUAAUGUAAUAAUCUGAAACCUGAAUCAAGAUUUUCGGAAAUAUGAAGCAUAUGUUCAGGAUUAUAUAAUUAUGGUAUGUCUGGAAAACUUUCAAACAACAGAAAAACGAAUCUUUUAAAGCUUUAAAGCUUAUUUAUGGCAACUGAUUUAAUGAGAUGCACGCUUUACCAUUAGUUUCUGUUGGUAAUGUGUGGUUGAUUUAAAUGAAGCCCAGAUUAUUGUUGAUGUUAUCAUUUAAAAUAGCAUUGUUACAUUGAUAGAUGUUCAAAGAAAGUUUAAAUUUGACUGUAUGAACUAAACGUGAAAAGGAGUUAAACGCAGUGCACGUGGUGCAAUCAAUCCAUUAUUUGGAGACUGGCCAAUUCAAUAGCAUAUAUGAUGGAUUGUCUGAGCAAAAAAGUAUAGUGUGGUAUAGUAUAGUAUAGAAUACAUUUCUACAUCUGCAUUCAAAUUCUAAUUGACUAAAUAAUUAAUAUAUUUAAUAAAAUACUUGUAUUCCCCUUUCUUGUCUCUCUCUCUUAUGCAACACUGGAGUUUAGCAUUGUCUUAAUAAAUGAGAAAAUAACAUGCAUUAUUGCAGUGUUACUUCAAUAAG